AUGGCUUCCUGGAUUCCCCAGCGGUUUCGUGUCGCUGCAGACGACGAGCCUGCUGAGCCGAGCUGGCUGCGACGCCAGGUGACGGCUUCUCUACAAGAUAUUUCUCGUCGAGCUUGUGCUCACCCAAUCCACACAAUUGUUGGCAUUGCUCUUCUUGCCAGCACCACCUACGUCGGCCUUCUUGAAGGCAGCAUCUUUGACUCCUUCCGCACUCCUGGAGAUGCGUCAGGACCGCUGGACACAUCCUCUUUCCUUUAUGGUAGUCGAACCCUUCGCCUCGGAGAACAGACCGCCUGGCGCUGGCAAAGCGAAGAUGGCACAUCCUCUCCUUCUGGCGAUAUUAGCCAGCAUCUAGCACUAUCUACCUUUAUCUUCUCCGACGCAUCUAACUCGAACAUCCCGAUCGUCGACGACAUUGUUCUCCCCGACAAUGUCACUGCCACCCCGGUCCCAUAUACUCCAAACGUCUUUUCUUCCUUCUCUCACGACUCAUCCAUUGCCUUCGCUGUUCCUUUCGAGAGUCUUCCAGAUUUCCUCAAGGCCGUGCAAGAGAUUCCCGAUCCCUCUACCGAGGACGAGGAGGGUGAGCAGCGGAAGUGGAUUAUGAAGGCUGCUCGCGGAAAAGGGUCUCGCCAGGCUUUCAAGGUCUGGGUCACCGAGGCCUGGAGCUCUUUUGUGGAUCUGAUCAAGCACGCCGAAACCAUUGAUAUUGCUAUCAUGACCUUGGGAUAUCUCUCAAUGCACUUAACCUUUGUCUCACUGUUCCUUUCAAUGAGACGCAUGGGUUCCCAAUUUUGGCUGGCGACUUCAGUCCUCCUUUCGAGCGUGUUUGCCUUCUUGUUCGGGCUUUUGGUCACCACCAAGCUCGGCGUCCCAAUCAACAUGCUGCUGCUUUCCGAGGGUCUCCCUUUCCUAGUUGUGACGGUUGGUUUUGAAAAAUCCAUCCUUUUGACCAAGGCCGUCCUUUCGGCAUCCCUCAACGUCAAGGGCGGUGCCAAUGCCAAUACCAACGCCCGUUCCGCGAGGUCAAUUCAAGAGAAUAUCGAACUGGCCAUCAAGGAGGAGGGAUUCGGCAUAGUCCGGGACUAUCUCAUCGAGAUUGGCAUUCUCACCAUUGGGGCAGCAUCUGGAGUCCAAGGCGGGCUUCGUCAGUUCUGUUUCCUUGCCGCGUGGAUUUUGUUCUUCGACUGCGUUCUUCUUUUCACCUUCUACACUACGAUCCUUUGCAUCAAACUAGAAAUCACUCGCAUUAGGCGACACGUCACCUUGCGCAAGGCCUUGGAAGAGGAUGGCGUUUCUCGACAAGUCGCCGAGAAUGUGGCCUCAAGCAGCGACUGGCCCCAGGCGGACCCCAACGAUAGCAAGACCACAGGCACUGUUUUCGGCAAGAAGAACCAAGCCGGCAGCGUGUCCAAAUUCAAGUUGCUGAUGGUUGGCGGGUUUGCACUUGUGAAUGUAGUCAACAUGGGCUCGAUUCCCUUCCGGCACCCUGAACAAGGAGAUGAGGGCCUUCGGGUCUUUUCGCGGCUAUCCAAUGUACUGGCUGCGGCCCCCAUUGAUCCUUUUAGAGUCGCCGACAAUGGCCUGGACUCGAUUUACGUGUCUGCAAAGGGUCACAAACUGGAGACUCUCGUCACCGUCCUUCCACCUAUCAAGUACAGGCGUGAAUAUCCCUCUGUUCACUAUGCUCGCUCGGACUACAACGGCCAAAUGGAUAUUGAAUACAGCGAGCAGUUUUUGGAUGCCAUCGGUGGUAAUAUGCUCGAGAGCCUCCUGAAGAGCGUCGAGGACCCCGUGAUCAGCAAAUGGAUUAUCGCCGCCCUAACCCUGAGUAUCGUUCUAAACGGUUACUUGUUCAACGCGGCGCGGUUUAGCAUUAAAGAGCCUGAAGCGGCAGCACCACCUCCUGCUCCGGCACCCGUCCAGACUCCUCGGGUGGCCGUUGAAUACAAAGAUGACGGCGUAAAGAGAACCAAGGAAGAAGUGGACGCGAUGUUGAAAGAAAAGAAGGCUUCUCUCUUGAAUGAUGAGGAACUUAUUGCUCUGUCUCUUCGGGGCAAGAUUCCUGGCUACGCACUGGAAAAGACGAUGGAGGACCAACCUAUAAUGACUCGCCGGGAAGCUUUCACUCGAGCUGUCAAGAUCCGUCGAGCUACCGUUUCACGAACACCCGUUACCUCGUCUAUUACUGAAGGACUGGAGACGUCUUUGGUUCCAUACAAAGAUUUCAACUAUACUCUCGUCCAUGGAGCCUGCUGUGAGAACGUCAUUGGAUACCUCCCCUUGCCCUUGGGUGUUGCCGGACCACUAGUUAUCGACGGACAAAAUUACUUUAUUCCCAUGGCCACUACUGAGGGUGUUUUGGUUGCUAGCACUAGUCGUGGUUGCAAGGCCAUCAACGCUGGUGGCGGUGCAAUUACUGUUGUUCACGGAGACGGCAUGACACGUGGACCUUGUGUUUCUUUCCCAACCCUUGCGCGUGCCGCAGAGGCCAAGACAUGGCUGGAUUCGGAGGAGGGCAUGAGAACGAUAAAGAGCGCAUUCGACUCUACCAGCCGCUUUGCCCGUCUUCAGAUCCUAAAGACUGCUCUGGCCGGCACUUAUCUAUACAUUCGAUUCAAGACUACCACCGGUGAUGCCAUGGGCAUGAACAUGAUUUCUAAGGGUGUGGAAAAGGCACUUGAAGUCAUGAGCACAGAGUGUGGCUUCAGUGAUAUGUCGACGAUUUCUUUGUCGGCAAAUUACUGCACUGACAAGAAGCCGGCGGCUAUCAACUGGAUUGAUGGCCGUGGAAAAUCCGUUGUUGCCGAGGCCAUCAUUCCAGGAGAGGUUGUGAAGAAGGUGUUGAAGAGCGAUGUUGACGCUUUGGUUGAACUUAACAUCAGCAAGAACUUAGUCGGAAGUGCGAUGGCUGGAAGUAUUGGUGGAUUCAACGCUCACGCGUCUAACAUUUUGACGGCUAUCUUUUUGGCCACUGGCCAGGAUCCUGCCCAGAACGUGGAAAGCAGUAACUGUAUCACCCUUAUGAAGAACCAAAAUGGAAACCUCCACAUCUCUGUGUCGAUGCCUUCGAUUGAAGUCGGUACCCUCGGAGGCGGCACUAUCCUCGAAGCCCAGGGAGCGAUGCUGGAGUUGCUCGGCGUCAAAGGCGCACACCCAACCAACCCUGGCGAGAACGCGCGCCAGCUGGCUCGGAUUGUGGCAGCUUCAGUUCUUGCUGGCGAGCUCAGUCUGUGCGCAGCUCUUGCUGCUGGCCACCUGGUCAAGGCGCACAUGGCGCACAACCGUAGCGCGGUGCCUACACGCGCAACGACGCCUGUUUCAGCCGCCGUGGGCGCUGCUCGCAGCAGCGAAAAGCUCACCAUGACAUCUACCAAAUGA